UCUUCGGUACUCUACGAACCCUCGAAGACUCUAUUGUUUUAAGAAUUUUUCCCAACGAGGGGUUCUAACCUUAGUUCGACUGCUGACUUUCCUUUGGACCUUGUUCCUUGGUUGAUAUCUAACGCUACUCAUACACUCGUAGAAGUCAUAGAUAUCGGUGGCUUUAAUCUGAUGGUUCCGUUCCUUCUAUUGGAAAUUAAUUGACAGUCAUAGAGUCGCUGAUAUGUAUAUUGUAGAUAUGAGAAGCGGUGGAUCUCGUGAAGUGAUUCGAUCUUGGCUUUGACAUUGGGAGCAUUAGAAGAUGCACUUUACUUUCGUUUCCUAUUUUUCUUCAAUUGCUUUUGAACUUCUUUGGUUGUACUAUAUAGAGUCAUAUUCAUAAUAUGUGUGAAUAAGCGUUAUAUUUAACAUAAUGUAAAAGUGUUUUAUAUUUCAUGUAUGAGGGUUUUUCUUUAUGAUUUACAGAACAGGCAUUGAAUAGAGAAUAUAUAGCAAAGUUAGAAGAAGUUGGACAGUUGCAGGCAAAAUGUCUAGAUGGUAUCUCGCAUCAAAAGUAUCGAAUGUGUGUGAUAUCCAAAUCCUUGAAACAGCUGCACGCGAGCGAAACAAGGCAGAAGUUGGAUAAAGAGAUGACCCGACGAGAGCAACAACUUCAUGAGAUCGAACAGACUCUACCGAAGCCUAACGGGAGAUAUCUGAAGAUUAUUCUAGGAAAUGUAAAUGUCUCGAUACUGAAUAAGAAUGACAAGUUUAAAUACAAGGAUGAGUACGAGAAGUUCAAACUCGUGCUGUCCAUAAUUGGUUUCGUGCUGUCCGUGGUGAAUUUAUUCACGAAUAUACGGACACUCGAGCUGAGCUUCAUGUUCCUUCUGGUGUGGUAUUAUUGCACUUUGACAAUAAGGGAGAGCAUACUCAAAGUGAAUGGCUCGAAAAUCAAAGGCUGGUGGCGGUUCCACCAUUUCCUGUCAACCGUUGUGUCCGGAGUCUUGUUGGUGUGGCCAAACACAAGUCCUUGGUAUGCCUUCCGAGGCCAGUUCAUGUGGUUCAACGUGUACAUAAGUUUCGUCCAGUAUCUCCAAUUCCGAUAUCAACGUGGCGUGUUGUAUCGUCUGAAGGCGUUGGGCGAGCGCCACAACAUGGACAUCACCAUCGAAGGGUUCCACUCGUGGAUGUGGCGCGGAUUGUCGUUCCUCUUGCCGUUCCUCUUCGUGGGAUACUUCUUCCAGCUGUACAACGCCUUCAAGUUGUACCAAUUGACUGCCCAUCCGGAGGCCACGUGGCACGUCCCAGUCCUCAGCGCGAUGUUCUUCGUCCUCUUCCUGGGGAACAUCACGACGACCAUCAUGGUCAUCCCCCAGAAGUUGCAGCAGAGGGUCAGGGAUCGCCUUCCUGGCGUAUUCUCAUGCAUGUCGGAUCGCCGGAAAGAGCUCCCCAAGACGGAGGACGCCGCUAAAAACGAAUAAACAGCGAAACUCGCUGGGCGAGCUUUCGUUUAACCCGUUUAGCCAAAAUAUAUUUGCCAAGCGACCGCGUAAUUCUAAGUUCGGGUACGACAAACGAAGUUGAGGGUUUAGUUUCACCUGUAGACGGCGAUCGGCAAGGUGUUGGGCUUCGUGCGGGAAUACGAACUAUUUAAAAGCUCCUUGGGCUUAUGUUAGAAGAGAGUUGGGACGCCGUGUAGCUGCUCGAAGAGUUACCGACAUUCGACCGUCUAAAUGGAAGCGUUGAGGUGACACGAAAGAGUCAUUCUGUAUAUACAUAAAACGUCAAAAUGUUUGUAAAACCUUUCUCCAAACUGGUGGCAAACUUCAGCACGUGAUCAUGAAGGCCCUAAGGAAGAACGCGAUGCUCGUGGUAUUUCAUUUUUCACAAAAGAUAAAAUGUGAUCUUGGUUCUAGUCUAGGCUAAAUAGAGAAGAUUUUUGUUGAAAAACGAAAUUUCACAAGCAUAGCGUUCUCUUCUAGGACCUUACUAAUCGUGUGCCGGGGUUUCAAAUGAUUUGGCGAGUCCAGCUUUGAGAAAAGUUUAAUAAAUAUUUAAAUGUUUUGACAUAUAGAGCGACCCUUUCAUAUCACUUUAAGGGGA